AGCCCCUACAUUUGUGUACGGGCCGGUCUGCGUGCGAUUCGAGUUUUCGAGGUCAAAUAGUCGAAUCUUCUGUUAAAAUGCUCGGGUCCCUGGUCCGGUCCGUUGCUAGAACGCGGAUGACCGUAAAACCGGUGCUGCAAACGAUCAAACGAAGCAGUCAUGAUGGAACGUGGUACUAUCGGACGCCUCCAAAGGUUAACAAGCUCGACGAGCAACUAGCGAACGUUCUUUUCACGUUCAUGUGGUUUUGGGUCUUCUACCACGUGAUCACAGACUACCAGCAUCUUACGGGCCACUACAUUCGUCCGGACGGCACAAAGUGGACAGACGAGGAAUUGGGCAUUCCGCCGCUUGACGAGUAGGCAGAGCGGGGUAGCUGCACUAGGCCUUGUCUGAACUGGUUAGUAGUUGUGUAAAUAAACGUCCACAGGUGACUGCUCCAACAUUGUAACAUUUCAGACAGACUUACAUUUUGAGAGUCACCUGGGGAGUGGUUACCGAA